UCCGCCGCCAACGAUUGCUGCGUUUACAAGGAACACAGUUGAAGCAGCAGCGAGUGCAGAGGACGGACGGUUGGGGCUCCGGUAGCAAACAAACAAGGGCGACACGGAGAAACUCCGGUGAUUUCAGCAGAGCGCAGGUUGAAGAAUGGAGUUGGCCAACCAUGGUCUUAUCCUGCUGCAACAGCUUAACGCUCAGAGGGAAUUUGGCUUCCUAUGUGACUGCACUGUGGCUAUUGGAGAUGUCUUCUUCAAAGCCCACAAAGCAGUCCUUGCUGCUUUCUCCAACUACUUCAGAAUGCUCUUUAUUCACCAGGACAGUGACUGCGUGCGUCUGAAGGCUGCUGACAUCCAGCCUGAUAUCUUCAGCUAUCUCCUCAACCUGAUGUACACAGGCAAGCUCGCCCCCCAGCUGAUAGACCCGGCACGUCUCGAGCAGGGGGUCAGAUUCCUCCAUGCAUAUCCCCUCCUGCAGGAAGCCAGCCAGGCAGUGUAUUCCCACCCUGAGCAGAGCAUCAACCUCUCCACCUCCCUCUAUGGCAUCCAGAUAUCUGACCAGCAGGGGGCGCUGUCAGCCAGAGUACCAGCUCGACGACAGCUCUCCUCACCCUUUGACUUGGAGCAGUUAAACUCAGAGGGGAAAGUAUCCACACCUGCUGCAGCGUCAUUCACAAAUGCCUUGUUGUCCAAGCAAGCUUCCCCACCCCCUGAUGUGGAGGCCUCAACCAGCAGCAUGAAGGGCUUUGCUGAGGAGGGGGUAAUGGACUUACUAAGCGCAGAUGGUUCCUCUGCCACUGCAAUCCUCCAUGUAAAGCCAAGCAUAAUGAAGAGAACUUCCUCCUUCAGGAAGUAUUACUCUUGUCAUCUCUGCAAGAGCAGAUUCACCCAGAGAAGUAUGCUGAGAGAACAUCUCCUGCAGCACACACAGGCUCUUCAUCAUCCAGCAGCUGAGCCCAGCAAGGUGCCGUCGCCUGCCGUGAUCAGAGAAAGUAGCAUGUUAGCAGAGGGGGCUCCUAAAGAAAACAAGGCGGGGUCGAGUGCCACAGCUGUAGAGAUCAUCAGCGACAGCGAACAAACUCCUGUUUCAGGCACCAAUUCUGACUCUCCCCAAGCAGAAGUGUCCACCUCCACGUGGGGGAUCGGAGGAGUAAACUCUCAGGCAGAGACACCCCCUCCAUCUGACAUCGCAGACAUCGACAACCUCGAGAACGCCGACCUGGACCGGGAAGUGAAGCGCAGGAAGUACGAGUGCUCCACGUGUGGGCGUAAGUUCAUUCAGAAGAGCCACUGGCGCGAGCACAUGUACAUCCACACAGGAAAGCCCUUUAAAUGCAGUGCAUGUGGGAAGAGCUUUUGCCGUGCCAACCAGGCCGCCCGUCACGUCUGCCUGAACCAGGGGACCGACUCCUACACCAUGGUGGACCGACAGAGCAUGGAGCUGUGUGCUGCUGGAGAGGACAGCAGCCAGAUGGAGGGGAUGUUCUUAGGCUCCUCUAAGCCUUACAAAUGUAACAUUUGUGCAACUACCUUUUCCAGCCCUGCUGAGGUCAUCAAACAUCUAUGCUUCUCCCAAGGAGGACUAGCUGGGCUGCAGGGAAACGCAGGUGCAGGCGUGCUGCUGCAGCAAGAUGUCUCCAAAGAUGAAGGCUCUGAUUUGUCCAACUCUGGCACCCCACCAGAGCCAAUAAAGACUGAGGAGAUCCUCGUAGAAUAGCAACAGAACUCUUUUAGUCUGUUUUAACACAUUUGCCAUGUAAAUUAUGGUUAAAAAUAGGCAAGCUAAAGAAAAAGUUUGUCACGGUAUGUUUGUUAGAUAUUCUUCUUAACCUUUAUUUUAUGACAAAGUGCUUUAAAUGUUUAAACCCUAAGAGUACUAAUUAUGAAUAUCACUCUCUGUACAAUCAUAAAACUUACAUACACAUUUAACAGAAGGCUUUGGGUUAAACAACAGUAAAAUACACUGAUUUGUUAUGCUGUAACAAACUGUUUGCGUGCAGCUGAAUGCGCUUUUUAACAUAGGAAGAGGAAGCUGAGGCGGCGGAUAGAGUUGACAGACGUUAACGGUUGCAAAAUGCUGACAGUUCAUCUGCAACUGCAGAAAAUUUCCACAUGGGCAGAAAUCUAGACAUAAAACGGCAGCUGCAAACACACCGGACUGGAGACAAUCUGUGCUCUCUUUAAGUUAACCCACUCUCAGUAUGCAUCAGUGUGUAUCCAUCUUCCACCUUCUGAUGUUGUCUGAACAGAGUAAAUCCAUUCAUGUAACGUAACCACCAUUCACAGUGUCUUUUCCCAGCACUCGUGUACGUGUUUGACCGUGCUUAGUGGCGUCUAAGUAGGAUUGUUGCUCCUGUGUGGCUCUGCAUGAGAAACAGGCUUGUGUUGUCUAAAUUUCUGCCAUUUUGUUUGUUUUUCUCAUAUUUGCUUGCCUUGUUAUGUAUUUUAUAACUCUUUGGUUACUAACACUGAAGCAACAUGUUCCAUUCAGAUGUGCAAACCCUCAAUCUGUGGCUGUAGAAUAUUGUAAAUCAUGUGUUUUUGCAUUAAGUUCAUUUGAAUCUACUUAUUUCUGGAUCGCCUUUAAAGUUAGACAUGAUUUUCUAAUUUUAUACACAGCGCUAUAUUCAUAGUAAUAAGACAAAAUAUUUCAAAGAUGUCAAAUUCUUAGCCAAUGAAUGAAGUGAAUACACAUGUUGUUAUUUAGAAGGCUGUUUUUCAAAGUCUUGCCAAAUGUGUGCUAAAUGAAAUUCAUUUUGUUUUGUUAAAAGGGAAACUGUUUCUUCUAUAUUUGUAUGUUCUUAAGCCCUGUCCAUACCUGAAUAAAUAAGUAAUGGAAUAUUGAAACUUUCUGAAAAACAUUGUAGAAGCCUAAUUAUUUCAGUUAUUUGAACUGGCAGGGAUAUAAAAACAAGAUGGUUUACGCCUGUUUUGUUGGGAUAUAAAAUGUUUUUAAUAUAUCUUCCAUGUCAAGCCUUGCAGAUAAACACUUUCUGCUGAACGUCCUACUGAUGACAGGAAUUAUAUGUUUUAAAUAUGUUGGAUAAAUGAGAAGAUAUUAUGUUCCCUCUUGCUUGAAAUACAUUUUUUCUUUACAUUUUCUUAAUGAAUAAAUUGCUGCAAAACUUGAAAACGCAAAAUUGGCUUAGAGCUUCCGAUUUUUUGAUUUCACAAUGUUUCACAUUAAAAUAAACAAUACUUGAAAUUUC